UAUUCAACUAACUCCCUUCCCCUUAUAUAAUUAUUACACAGAAAAAAAAAAAAAACAAAAAAGUUUCAAUUUGAAAAGCAUGGCUUUUGCCGCUAUGAAGCAGUGGAGAACUUUGAUGAAUGCCGCCGCCGUCGGCGGCGGCGGGAAGCGACAGUUUGCGUCUUCCACCGCCUCCCAACAUAACAAGCCCAAAUCAUGGUACUCGUCGGGAGAUGCGAUGCCGAUUUGGCUGCUGGCCGGAUUCACAACGAUGGCGUUAGGUAUGGCCGUUCACACGGCGAAGAAUCAGCUGUUUCACGCGCCGUCGGUGUCGGUGAAGAAGACGAUGAGAGAGAAUAUGGUGGAAGUGGAGGAUCCCCAAACGGCGGUGAAUGGCGCUGACAAAUACGUCAGCAACUCUUUCCUGAGAAAGGUUAGCCGGAUCCAGGACCCGGAAACCCGAGUUCUGCAGGACCCGACCCGACCUGAUCCUUUCACCAUUCCACGCAAGUACGAGUCUCUAGAAUCUGCUGGGGUUCGAAAGUGAGCUGAUGAUGAUGAUGAAGAAGAAGAAUAAGAUCAGAGACCCAUCGGCCAUCGUAUCAAUCAAGCUUCGCAAAUUUUGAAAUUAAGGAGGAAAGCGUUGUAUAUUUAUCGACCUUUAAUGCUUUUAUUUAAAAUAUAGAAAAAUAAGCUACAAUUGUAGUAGAAUAUAUUAUUAU